AUGGCACUAUCAAGUGGUGGUGCUGGUGUCAUCCACCGCACGGCCAAAGACGAGGCCGGAGACACAGAACAAGCGUCCAAGAACUACGACGAUGCAAGAUGGAUGUCGUGGCCGAACGAAGGAGCCUUUGAUGCGCUAGAGGAACAAUAUGACUCUGUGCAUCUUCAGACCAAGGGCUCCAUACCAUCCUGGGCUGCUGGCUCCCUCUUUAGAACCGGACCUGGGCAUUCCAUGGUGGAAAAUACCUCCAGAGGCACCCAUCAUGUAUCACAUUGGUUUGAUGGGUUUGCCGUCACCCACCGAUUCGAUAUAGUGCCACCAGAUAGCCCUGGCCAGGGCUGUUCAGUAGUAUAUUCUUCCCGAGGACAGUCCGAUCGAUAUAUCGCCAAGGUGAAGGAGCAUGGGUGGCGUACCGGUAUCUCCUUUGGUCAGAAAAGCGACCCAUGUGUUGGCAUAUUCGCCAAGUUUAUGAGCCUUUUUCUCCCACAGGAGAUCAACAACAAUGUCGUUGUAAUACCAAACAUGCCUGGGCUGAAUACCAAACCGACACAGCAGACUGGGCAUCGGGCAGAAGUCGACAACGUCUAUAUCAGUACAGAUAACUCUAGGUUACAGAAAAUCGACCCCGAGACGUUGGAACCAUUGGGGCCGGCUAGUCAGCAGGAGUUGCAUCCGGCUUUGAAAGGCCCGCUCUCUUGUGCACAUGUUCAAAGGGAUCCAGUUACCGGAGAUUUGUUCAACUUCAAUGUAACCAUGGGUAGAUAUGCAUCAUAUCGCAUAUUUCGAGUAAAUGCCAAGUCGGGGACCACCGAUAUUCUAGCUACCAUCUCAGAACAAGAGCUCCCAGCAGCCUACAUUCACAGCUUCUUCCUAACAGAGAACUACGUAGUACUCUGCGUACCAUCAACACAUCUCGGUUGGAACGGUGCCAAAAUUCUGUGGGAGCGCAACAUACUUGAUGCCAUCAAACCAUUCGACAAAACCACAUUAUGCAAGUGGCUGGUAGUUGACAGGCGACACGGCAGGGGCGUCGUGGCCAGAUUUUCGACCCCGGCAGCCUUCUUCUUCCAUUCCGUCAAUGCCUUUGAACAAAAGUCGAAGGAUGAAGCAGGAGAAGAAAUCACAGACAUCUGCCUGGAUCACGUGGAGUACUUAAACUCGGAUGUUAUGCACAUUCUCUACUACGAUAUUCUCAUGGGCAAAAACGAAGCAGCCAUUCUUGACAUGCAAAAGACUGGGAAACAAAAGGCGUCACAACCAAAACUUGUUAGGUACAAGUUUACGCUGCCUGCUCAUUCACAAACAAAGAAGGGUGACUACUCCCUCACUGCGGAACAAGCCUUCGCCAUCCCCAGCCCACAUGCCGGGGAGUUGCCUACCAUCAACCCUUCUCGAGCCGGUCAGAGACACAAAUAUGUCUACAGCAUCUGCAAUCGUGGAAUAGGAUUCUGGAUGGACGCCAUAGUCAAGACGGAUGUUGAGACGCGGGAGGCACUAAUUUGGAGCGGUCCGGUUGGACAUACGCCCGGCGAGCCAAUUUUUGUGCCACGACCGGGUGGUACGGAUGAGGAUGACGGUGUAAUUCUCACCGUUGUGCUGGACAGUAGUUCGCGGACAUCGUAUUUUCUGUGCUUGGAUGCCAAGACCUUGCAGGAAUUGGGCAGAGCCGAAGCUGAUUUCACGAUUCCUCUUGCUCUUCAUGGGGCACAUGUCACACUUGGUCAGAAGCCUAUGCUGUAA